CGUUUUUCCAAAGCCCGAGUGGGGAGGAGCGGCUGAAACCCAGGCCUCCUAACUCCAGGCCAGGGCUCUUUCCUCUUCCCCAGCCAAAGCCCUUAAGCCGGAAUCUUGGUGUCCAAUAGGAAGCUGGGGAUUGAGGAGCCUGGAGUCAGUCCCAGGGGCCGGUCUCCCCGCUCCGUGACUCAGGGCAUCAGGGAGCCCCUAUCGUCCCCCAGGCUGCUGCUGCUCUGAUGAACACCCCCAUCUCACAAGCUCUGGGGCUCCCUGCUCUGAUCGCCAACUUCUGCCUUGGCAUCCCUACCCCAAAUGUCUGAGUGAGUUUGUGAAUGCUGGGAAAACCCAGGGGCUGAAGAGAGCCCAGAGGAGGGCAAAAGCUGCCUGCUAAGCCAGUGAGACCCCCCCAGGGGAGGAAGUGGGCCAAGGGGAACAGGAAGGGGCUGGGCUGGCUUCUGGGUCUGCCCCAUCCCAGCGUGGGCUAGCCUCAGCCUCAGCCCUCAGCAGUGACGAUGGGAGAGGCAAUGAUACCCUCUGUAAGCACUGGCCCUUCUGACAGAGUGUGUGCCUGGAGCUUCAAGGGGCCCCCAAACCGCCCCAGAGGUUGGGGAUUAUAGCUCCGUUGUGGACGGAGUGGAGUUGUGCGCUGAGUGGAGCCUCACUCAGGAUUGAGGCCAGGCCACCCGGUGGGAGCCACGUCUGCAUGGAGGGGACACACAUACAGUAGCACUGGCACACCCUCCCAUGGUUCUCUCGGUCAAAGGCUGGCUCUGGGCUGGCAGCCAGAGGGGUCAGGCCAGUUUCCACUUGAGGCCGCAGGGAUGUCCUGAUAUCAUUGUCCAUGUGCUCACCUCGGCCAGCCCCUGCCGGCCAGCCUGGGAAUCCCCCUUGAGCUCCACCCCUCACACUCCGAGGAGCUGGCUGUACCCCCUCUUCGUCCUGACUGCAGGGGUGGGGCCUCCUGUACGGGGGCUGUAGAAGGGCAGGCCCAGGAGGCUAUGGAGCCAGAGUCCCUCUACGACCUGCUGCAGCUCCCCAAGGCAGUGGACCUGCCGUCAGAGGACGAGCUCCUACAAGGAGAAAAGAAGAAAUACCUGACACCCACUUCCCGGAAGGACCCCAAGUUUGAAGAAUUACAAAAGGUGUUGAUGGAGUGGAUCAAUGCCACGCUCCUCCCUGAGCACAUCGUGGUGAGGAGCCUGGAGGAGGACAUGUUUGACGGGCUCAUCCUGCACCACCUGUUCCAGAAGCUGGCGGCACUCAAGGUGGACGUAGAGGACAUUGCCUUGACCGCUGCCAGCCAGAGGCGCAAGCUUGAAGUGGUGCUGGAGUCCGUGAACCGGAGUUUGCAGCUGGAGGAGCCACAGGCCAAGUGGAGCGUGGACGCCAUCUUCAAGAAGGACCUGCUGGCCACUGUGCACCUUCUUGUGGCCCUGGCCAAGCGCUUCCAGCCCGAAUUGGCCCUCCCAAAUAACGUCCAGGUGGAGGUCAUCACCAUCGAGAGUACCAGGAGCGGUCUGAAAUCGGAGAAGCUGGUGGAGCAGCUCACUGAAUGCGGCGCAGACAAGGACCAACCCUCAAAGGACGUCUUUGAUGAAUUAUUCAAGCUGGCCCCAGAGAAAGUGAACGCAGUAAAAGAGGCCAUCAUGAACUUUGUCAACCAGAAGUUGGACCGCCUGGGCCUGUCCGUGCAGAAUCUGGACACUCAGUUCGCAGAUGGAGUCAUCUUACUUUUGCUGAUUGGACAACUGCAAGGCUUCUUCCUGCACUUGAAGGAAUUCUACCUCACUCCUAGCUCUCCCGCAGAAAUGGCACAGAAGACCAACUUGCUGAGAGAGCCUCACACUGGGCCCCUGAGUUGGGAACUAGUCCCACCCUUAUUUCCACAUGAGAAGACAGUUCAGAGAGGUGCAGUAAUCUGGCCAAGAGCGCCCAGCCAGUUUGGAUGGGGUCAGAUGGCCACCCAGCCUUGUCUGUCUCCAAAGCCUGGCUUGCUCCCUAUUUCUACCUCUCCUGCAUCUUCACAACGUGACCCUGGCCCUGGAGUUCCUGAAGGAUGAAGGCCUGCUCAGCUACCCCAUCAGCCCUGAGGACAUUGUGAACAAGGACGCCCGGAGUACCCUGCGCGUGCUAUACGGCCUGUUUUGCAGGCACAAGCUGAGAGUAAACAUGGAUGGGACACCCCGGGGAAGCACAGACUAACCCGCACAGCCUACCUG